AUGUCGACUUCUGCCGACGAAGCAUGUACUUCCCCUCUUGGCAUGGAGUCAAAAACCAUCCGUGACGACCAAAUCACGGGGUCCUCUACAUACUGCGGGACUACAGGCUGCUGGGGUCCAAAACUAGGAAGACUACACCACAAGUACGCGUGGUACCCACGGGACUACGGCAACCCAGGGCGAAAGCAAUGGUUCCAGGUGGACUUACGGAAGAGGAAGCGAAUCACUGGCGUUCAAACUCAAGGUCAUAAGUACACCUACAGCUACUACGUCACGUCGUUUCAGGUACAGUUUUCGGACAACGGAACAACUUGGACGACUUUCGCUACGACUGAUGAAGAGAUGGUGAUUGAAGGUAACCGAGGCGCUGAAACUGUAAAGGAGAACGUGUUCGUCCCUGCCAUACAAGCCCGGUUCCUCCGAGUGGUUCCCUGGACCUGGUACCAAAAUGGCGCGGCUCUCAGGCUGGAACUCCUGGGGUGUGACGUCAUAGGUGUCAUAAUCGCGAUAGCCAUCGGCGGUGUGGUAGUAGUGGUGGCGGCGACAGCUGUGACCAUUGGGUUUGUGGUAAGGAGAAGGCGAUCAACCUCAAGAUCUCAUGCAGAUCUUUCAUCAACCGCUAGAGGGCACAUGUUUGUAAACACCGAGUACAGUUCGGUUCAGGCUGUACCGUCCUCUGAGAGGCACCGUGAUCGUGACACGUCUGCCAACAGAGACAGAGAAGGCUUCGUGGAUAACGAUCUGUACAUGAAAGCAAGCGCGCCGACAGGACAACCCGGGACUACGCGGGCAAUAACGGGAGGCAACGGCUCUGGGGAGGGAGACAAUAAAUUCAUAGAAAAUGUCAUAUAUGAGACAUCAGAAAUGAACUGAACAGCACUAGAAUGUGACAGUGAGUUAGGUACAUACUGAGAACUUAAAGGUGCUAUCAAUACCUAUGUCAAAACGGAUAUUAAGUUGUAACGCUAGUUUACAUUUAUCCAGGGAAUG